UCUGCUUCGUAGUCUGCUUUUUUCCAUCAACAUGGAUGCACAACAAAUGAUACCAAUGCAAAAUACAACAGUCGUGGUGCUCAGCUUUACAAGGAGAAGAUUAAAUCUCUUGCAACACAGGCAACAAGAAAGCAUGGUACUGAUCUGUGGACAGACGGAUGUGGAAUGCCACCUGUGUCACCUCAAAACAAAGAGGAAGACUUUUUUGCAUCCCAUGUUUCUCCCAAGGCAAAGAAUACAGAGUGGGUGUUAUCGGAGCCAGAGACGGUUUCUCUACAGCAGAAAACUUCAGAAAAUAUUCCAGAAUGCUAUGAAGGACCAGAACAUGGACCAAGUGUUGAUUGCCUAAGUACAUCACCAAAAGCUGCAUUAGAGAACACCACCUUCAUAAAAAAGAAGCCAAAUCAAGCUAAGAAGGGGCUCGGUGCCAAAAAAGGUGGUUUGGGGGCACAAAAAGUGAGCAGCCAAAGCUUUAACGAGAUUGAAAAACAAGCACAAGCUGUAGAUAAAAUGAAGGAACAAGAGGAUCUUCAUAGCAGUAAGAAAACUGAGAAGGAAGAGCCACUUGUAUCAUCUUUGCGGUUGGCCUACAGAGAUCUUGAUAUUAAAACAAAAGAAGAAAAGUUAAAUCUCUCUGGUAAGAAGAAAAAUGAAUUGGAGAGACUUGGCAUGGGAUUUGGCAGCAACAGAAGUGGCAUUUCUCAUUCAGUAACCUCAGAUAUGCAAACAAUAGAGCAGGAAACACCUGCCAUUGCAAAGCCGAAGAAGAAGUACACUGACGAUGCAGAAGAUUCAUAUUUCUCUUCUAGUUCAAGGUAA